UUAAACUCCUAAAGGUCCAAUAUUGACACCACAACAACAACAUAUCAAGAAUCUUAUUGCUAAAGAAAGAUUACAUGCGGUACAUUAAUACGUUGCUAGAUGGGUGUAUUCUCAUGGCAUUCCUUUCAAUGCUAUUGCAAAUGAUGAAUUUAAGUGAAUGCUUGAAGCUGCUGGACAGUUUGGACCAGGUGUUACUCCACCUAGUCAAUAUCAGUUGAGGGAGCCUUUGUUAAAAGAAGAGGUUGAUCGAGUGAAAGGUUUGAUGAAAGAACAAGAAGAUGAGUGGAAAGUGAAUGGAUGUUCCGUAAUGACAGAUGCUUGGUCGGAUAGAAAAAGAAGGUCAAUCAUGAAUUUGUGUAUCAACUGCAAAGAAGGUACAAUGUUUCUCUCCUCUAAAGAUUGCUCUAAUGAUUCCCAUACAGGUGAAUAUAUCUUUGCAUACGUCAAUGAGUGCAUCGAAAAAUUAGGUGGAGAUCAUGUAGUUCAAGUAGUAACGGACAAUGCCACUAACAACAUGGUUGCUGCAAAGUUGUUAAAGGAGGCAAGACCCACCAUAUUUUGGACUUCUUGUGCAACUCACACAAUAAAUCUGAUGGUAGAAGGCAUUUCUAAACUUGCUAUGUUUGAAGAAACAAUUAAAAUGGCCAAAGAUUUUACCAUUUUUAUAUACGCCCAUCACCAGACCUUGUCCAUGAUGAGGAGUUUUACCCAGAGAAGAGAUAUUGUGAGGCCUGGAAUAACUAGAUUUGCAUCGGCUUUUCUUACUUUGAAAAGUUUGGUAGAGAAGGAAGAAAAUUUAAAGAUGAUGUUUGCUAGCAAUCAAUGGAAUCAAUGUAAAUGGGCAAAGCAUGUUAAAGGACUUGCAGCCCGUAACACAGCAACGAGUAUGGAUUUUUGGGAUGGUGUGGAAACGUGCUUGAAAGUCUUUGCACCUUUGGUUAGCAUACUUAGAUUGGUUGAUGGAGAUCAAAAGCCUACAAUGGGGUUUCUACAUGGAGAGUUAGAAGAGGCAAAGAAAGAGAUAUGUAAGGCACUAGGAAAUCAUGAGAAGAAUUACAGACCAAUACUUGGUAUCAUUGAUGAAAAGGGUAAAGAUCGACUUGAUAGUCCUCUUCACUGGAUGGUAUAUUUUUUGAAUCCUUAUUAUUUUUAUAAGGAUUCGACUAUCCAAUUCGACCGAGAUGUCAUUACUGCUACUUUCAAGUGUGUUGAUGCGUUUUUUCCAAACGAUGUUAAUACUCAAACAUUUGUCAUCAACACCGAACUUCCAAAGUAUACAAAGAAAGAGGGAAACUUUGGACAUCCAACCGCCAUUAAAGGAUGUUCCAAGAAUGAUGAAAAUUAUGAUCCAAUUCAAUGGUGGAACUUUUAUGGAGUUGAAGUUCCCAAACUACAAAUAAAUGGCAAAAAAAGAUUUUGUCUUUGACGACUAAUUCAUCAGGAUGUGAGCGUAAUUGGAGUACUUUUGAAGGGGUGGACACCAAAAACCGAAAUAAACUUGAUACAAAACGGUUGAACAAUCUUGUUUGUCCAAUUCAACAUGAGAUUGUUGGCCAAAAGAAAGAAGCAAAAGGAGAAGAAUGUGGACAUACUAGUUGCAGAUUCUGCUGCUCAUGCUCAAGACUGGAUUGUUGAAGAUGCUGAUGUGGAACUAGAAGACAUACCCACAAAUGAAGAUUUGGUUAGGGAGCUUGAUGAAUCUGAUGAUGAUGGCGAAGACAUUAACGUUGAUUUUGAGUGUGAUGAUGAGCAUGGUUUAUAGAAGGAGAUUGGGUGAUGAGAUGACGAUUAGAAACAUCAUUAGAGUUUAUUUAUUUUUUUAAAACUCAAAUUUAUUGUUUAUUCUAUUUUAU